AUGGCCUCUAUGGCAUCUCAACAGUCCUACCACCCAUAUCUAAGCCAAGGACGAGCCUCGACCAUCACAUCAUGGACCUUGUCCAUCCAACGGAGCCCUCAGCAACCAUUCACCUCCGAUGCCGACACCAUGUCCUGCGAGGCUGCCAUCGAAGCCUACAGGCAACUCAAAGUCGCACUUUUCUCAAAGGCAGCUGCCUCGCUGUCUUAUCCCCAGACUGGCUGA